GGCGGGGGAGCAUUUGGAGGAGAACCCAACCUCGGUGCUACUGGGCAGGAGUUUGGAGAGCAGUCGCCAACGACCUGUCCUGUGUCCGCCGUGCAGCGGAAGGUGCCCGACGGAGAAGAGGAGGUGCAGCCAUGCUGGCAGAAGCGGUGAAGGAAGACCUCCGCAUGCUCCGGGAGCGCCUGGCCCAGUGUUCUGCGGAGUCCGUAAGGCACAAGGAGCUGCUGCGGUGUCUGGGGAAGAAGCAGCAGGAGCUGAGGGAAGCCAUGGAGGAGCUCAGGAGAGAGAACUGUGAUGUGGCGCGGUGUUUCCGAAACAACCGCCAGGAGCUCCAGGAGCUGGAGGGGCUGGUGGCCCAGACAAAGGAGCACUUUCAGAUGGAGAACGGGGAGGCAGGCGUGAGCGUGGAAGAGGCGCAGAAGGCAGACCUCUUUCAGGGAAAGGCAGGAGGAGGCACAGCAGUGCCGGAGCUUUUCAAGACGGACCAGUGGUCAGAGCUGACAAAAGCUCUGCAGGAGCAAGUUGAGGUCAAGAAGCUGCUCAGGAACAAGCUCCAGCACCUCCAGGAGAGACAGGAAUGCCUGCGAGAGCCAAGAGCUUUCAGGGGGAAGAAGGUGCAGGCAGAACCACCAGAGGAGUCGCUGCUGCAGGAGAUGGUGGCCGUGCAGCUGGAGGAGCAGCUGGCGUCAAGGAGGCACGGCAUCACUUCUUGGCUGAGGAGACUUCUUCUGUUCCUCGCCUUCCUCCAGAUCGCCAUCCUCAUCGUGGUUGUGCUGAAGGGAGACAUCCUUGACUGGGUCCUGCCACCAAAGCUGGUGGCCGCCUUUGGGAGCCGCCCAGCGAGGUCCCAGCUCUUCUGA